UAACAUUCAGGAGACGCCCCGUCCUUCAGAAGAACAUUACUCUGUGUAAGAUUUCAGAGACCCUCCAGACCACACAGGGUGCUCAGGAGGAGUCCGGGGUCUUCUGUACUUACUGUAUUCAAACUCCUGUACCGGCUGUGAAAUCCUGUCUGAUGUGUGAAGCUUCUCUGUGUGACAACCACCUGAGAGUCCACAGCAAGUCACCAGAACACGUCCUAUGUGACCCCACCACUUCCCUGAAGGACAGGAAAUGCUCCUUCCAUAAGAAGAUCCUGGAGUAUUACUGCACCGAGGACUCCCACCUGUAUCUGUAUGUCCUGCAGGGUGGAUGGAGAACAUCGGGGACACCAGGGUAGAAACCAUGGAGGAGCCUCUGAGAAGAAGAAGAAGAAACUGAGGAAUGUUCUGCAGAAACUGAUGACAGAGAGAGAGGAGACAGAGAAAAGAGUCCAGAGUCUGCAGGAACGCAGGAGGAAAGUACAAGGAAAAGCAGAUGAUGAAACCAAGAGAGUCACUGCCUGUUCAGAGACCUCAGGAGACGUCUGGAAGACCUGGAGAAGAGAGUCCUGAGUGAAAUCUCCGGGCAUGCUGAGUGGGUCUUUUUAUCACUGUCUGAUAUGAUCCGGGAUCUGGAAAUAAAGAUCGAUGAGCUGUACAGCAAAGUAUUUUACAUUGAGGAGUUGUGUAACAUGACGGAUCCACUGAUUGUCCUACAGGAAUCAGAUACAGGUGACUUGUGUGAUACUGAGGAUGGAGAUGAUGAGGACAGAGAGAGACAUGAGAACCUCCUCCAUGAUGGAGGGGAUGGGGAUUUGGGGGGGAUCUCACACAUAUUACACACGGGUCUAUCUGAUAUCAUGUCUGGGGUCAAUGUACAGAAAUGUACAGGCACACAUGUCUCUCCACAUUCUACUACAAAGGGCAAAGGUCCCAUCAAUGGUCCACCAUCCAGGGCAGACCCCCAACCCUCCCCCACCAUACAACACUCACACCGCCAGGCUGGGGGACCAAAUAUUGGGGCUGUACAGCAAACAUGGGGGGUGUCGGGGGUUACAGACGUAUCACUGGAUGUGAGGACAGCUGGUCAUCAUCUACAUAUAUCAGGUGACGGGAAAACUGUAUCCUGGUCAGAAAAGAGCCCAAAUUAUCCAAAAACUCUAAAGAGAUUUCUGGAUGAGCCUCAGGUGAUGAGCACUCAGGGGUUCUCCUCGGGGAGACAUUACUGGGAAGUGGAUGUCGGGGGGUCAGGGUGCUGGAUAGUCGGGGUGUGUUACCCCAGUAUAGACCGGAGAGGAGGUCAGUCAAGGUUUGGAUAUAAUAAGAAGUCCUGGUGUUUGAAG